GUUGGCUCAAAAAAACAAACUCUCACGAUUGAAGAACUUUUUGGAAAAACUGAAGCGAAAUGGACAUUUUUGAGAGCUUCUGCCGAACCUGUGGCAACGAGUGCCUGGAGCCAUUGAACAUCUUCGAGGAGAGCACCAAAACAAUGGACAAAUUGGUUCCCAUCGCCGAGCUGAUGUCCACUUGCCUUCCUGCCAGUUUGCCGCCUCUGGACUUCGCAGAUGAUUACCCCAAACAAAUAUGUCGCAUUUGCCUAAGGAAGCUAUCCCUGGCCUACGAAUUCCAUCACCAGUGGCUCGGAGCCUACAGCGAGUUUAAUGUGGCACUGAAAUUCGAGCAGCGCAGGAAGCGAAGCAUUGCUAACAAAACACAGAAAUCAAAAACAGAUGAGACACCACAGACACCCGUGGAGCGCGUCGAGGAGGCUUCGCCGGAGGUAGCGGAUGCCGAUUGGAUGGGUUCCCUGGCUGAAGAAGCACCCACUUCUGCCCAAGAGAAGGAAGUUAAAAGUACGAGUGGUAUGGACAAACAAAGUUGUGCACGGCGGCAUCGGUGCACCGUUUGCAAUGAGCGAUUCCUCACAGAAAAAGCUUGGCGUUUUCAUUACAAAUUCGCACACAAGUCUCAAGAAUAAUCAUCGUUUGGAAGAAGUCUUCAAAUGACCAUA